CGCAACCGCCGCGCUGUCCUCCAGCUGUUUGGGGCCUUCGCGGGACACGGCUGUGAUCCUGUGUGGGACUGAGGAUAUGUACUGCAGCUGCACUCGCAUAAUUAGUUUCUUCUCUGCAGCUGUUGACUCAUAAUACCGGACACUGCCUCGCAACAGCGCAGCCAAGAGUUGCUGCCUAGUGCCAUCGUGUGGUGAAGAUGGAAUAUUACCAGCACUGGACUCCAGUCCAGCCAGUGCAGUAUUUUACUUGUUUGCCUGUUUAUAAUUAUCAGACUAAGUUGACUGUUUCUAAAAACAGAGUAAAACUGUAAAUGGCUGCAAAGAUGGGUUUCAUUUUCUUGUCAUGCUCGACAGCUUGACUUCCGGGUUUUGUUUUGAAACGUUAUUUCCGGUUGCCUCGCCCUCCCCCUUAAUGAGGGUACCUUGUCGUUUAAUUGCUUUCACCUGUCAGUUCCUUUAGUUCGCCCUCGGAUUGUGAUCGCAGAAGUUGCCACGUCUUUUCGUGUUUAUUUUGUCCCUAAGUCAAGCUGCCGGCCGAAUUCUUGCAGCAUUUGUGCCUGAGCACCCAACACAGACAUUGGAGUCUGCUUUUACUCGUGGGGUUUACUACAGCAAAUCAACAAGAUUAAGGAAGAUGUGAAAUAUUGAUGGGGCAACAGGUGUGAUCCUAAACGCCCGGCAGGUUUCUCCUUGUCUGAUUGAUGUCACACGGAGAGGGGCCAUCGGAACCCCCGACAUAGGCCGAACCACGGACCUCAGCACUGAUUCACAGAGCCUCACUCCUCCUGGAGGAGGAGUCGGAGGCAGUGGUGAGCCAGCAGAGGGAGAUCAGGAGGACCGACCUCUGGUCCAGGAGCUGUGGUUCAUCGUACUGAUGACAGGCAUUGCCCUGCUGCUGCUGGCCAUUGUGUUGGGUCUUAUGCUUCAUAAGGCCGUGAACAAACCUCCCUUCACCAGAGAAAGGCCCCCACUGGUGGCCCUGCCCAUGCAGAAGAGGAGCCCCAUGGCUGUUUACCCACCCAGUAACUCAGUUUUGUUUGACACUGUACCAGACACAACAGGCUUCUCCAACAGUGUAACUCUCAAGGGCUUCUCUAUAAAGACAGAGCAGGAAGUGCUGGAAGCCAAAUGUGAGCCCAUUGAUGAGGUGCCUCCUCAGGAUGAGCUGGGCAUCCUCAGUGUUAACUCUCUGAGACGCAGCGUUAGCCAGGUGAUUGAUGGCAAGUCUCUCACAGAAGAUGACAUGUGGGACCCAAACAUCUCAGGCCAUGACAGUGGAAUGUUUAUGGACGAUGAGGAAUUUGUUGACACCAUCAAAGGCUUCAGCACUGGCACUGAGAUCUAGGGAUUCGACCAGGAUUUGUUUUUCCUGUCAGGCACGAACCCCGUGGAUGCACAUGCAAGAAACUGGCCUGGAUUUCGCUCACACAGGUCUGCUGAAUAAAAAACUAUACCUCCUGAGUAGUUAGU